CGGUGACGUUCCAAGUCUCGAUGCUUCGUCACCUCAGAGCUGGAGCGAAGGGCGGUGUUUUGUAACCGAGGCCGCAGAGAUGCCGGGGAUCGAAAAACUACCCAUCGAGGAGACUCUGGAAGAUAGUCCACAGACACGCUCACUACUGGGAGUGUUUGAAGAAGAUGCUGCUGCCAUCUCAAAUUAUACCAGCCAACUUUACAAUGCCAUGAAGCGGAUUUACGAUGCACAGAAUGAGUUGAGCACAGCAACACACUUGACCUCCAAACUACUCAAGGAAUACGAGAAACAGCGUUUUCCCCUAGGUGGUGAUGAUGAAGUCAUGACCUCCACUCUGCAGCAGUUUGCUCAAGUAAUAGAUGAACUCAGUUCCUGUCAUGCUGUACUUUCAACACAGUUAGCUGAUGCCAUGAUGUUCUCAAUUUCACAGUUUAAGGAAAAGGAUUUAAAAGAAAUGCUAACCCUAAAUGAAGUCUUUGCUAUAGCAAGUAAUGAUCAUGACAUGGCUAUUAACAAAUACAGCAGACUGUCCAAGCGGAAGGAAAAUGACAAGAUAAAACUAGAGGCAACUGAAGAUCUGUACACAUCCAGGAAGAAGCAGCACCAGACCAUGAUGCACUAUUUUUGUGCAUUGAACACAUUACAGUACAAGAAAAAGAUUGCACUGCUGGAACCUCUCCUAGGCUACAUGCAAGCGCAGAUAAACUUCUUUAAGAUGGGUUCUGAGCACGUGACUCUACAGCUGGAAGAAUUUCUGACAAAUAUUGGUGCCAGUGUGCAGGGUGUCCGUAGGGAAAUGGAGACUGAACUGGAAACCAUGCAUCAGACCAUUCAGGACCUGGAAGUAGCCAGUGAUUCAUUGUACCUCCCUGAUCCAGAUACCAAAAUAUUCAACAUCAAUAGAAAUCUGACUAGAAAAACUGGUUAUAUGAAUACAAGAAACAAAACCAGAUUAGUAUCAUCUACCUGGGAAAGACAUUACUACUUUACCCAGGGUGGGAACCUGAUGCGACAAGCUCGAGGGGAUGUUGCAGGAGGUCUUGUCAUGGACUUGGACAACUGCACUGUUAUGGCUGUGGAUUGUGAGGACCGAAGAUACUGCUUUCAAAUCACUGCCUUUGAUGGGAAGAAAGCUGUUAUUUUACAAGCAGAAAGUAAAAAAGAAUGUGAAGAGUGGAUUGCAACAAUCAAUAACAUUUCCAAACGCAUCUAUCUCAGCGAAAACCCAGAAGAAUUGGCUGCUCGAGUAAACCAGUCUGCUUUGGAGGCUGUUACACCUUCCCCUUCAUUUCAACAGAGGCAUGAAAUCUCAAGGCCUACAAUCCAUAGCAGACCUCAUCCCUCUCGGACAAACAGUUCCAGCUCCCUUGGAUCAGAAUCUGCUGCCCUUUCUGCAGUGUCACUGGAUUCAAUAGUUGCCCCAGACACACCCAUUCAGUUUGACAUAAUUUCUUCUGUCAGUGAUGACUUGCCUAACCAAGCAACAACUUCAGGACAAGGUACCAGACGGACAAAUCCAUUUGGAGAAUCUGGGGAGCCAAAAACAGAAGAAUCUGAAGAGUCUAUUCUUCAUCAGCUGUUUAUUGUGAGAUUCCUUGGUUCAAUGGAAGUAAAAGCAAAUGAAACCUCUGAUGUUAUUUGCGAGACAAUGCGUCAGAUCCUUGCCGCCCGUGCUAUACAUAACAUCUUUCGGAUGACUGAAUCACAUUUACUAGUGACCGGUGACUGUUUGAAAUUAAUCGAUCCUCAGACUCAAGUCACACGUUUGAGGUUCCCUUUGCAAAAUGUGGUUCUUUGUGCAACUCACAAAGAGAACAAACGUCUCUUCGGAUUUGUGCUGCAUACAGGAGGAGGCAGAAUAGAAGGACGACCAAUCUCGGUCUGCUAUGUGUUUGAAUCAAACAACGAGGGAGAAAAGAUAUGCGAUUCUGUUGGACUGGGCAAACAGAUUGCUUUCCAUUCAGAAAUGGAUCGACGAACCACAGAUAAACAGAGAGAACUUGACCGAGAAAAGGAAAGGCAACUGAAGGAACUUAAUAAACAAAAACAGAUUGAAAAGGAUUUAGAGGAACAAAGCCGCCUAAUAGCUGCAUCCAGCCGACCAAACCAGACCAGUGGUGAGGGCCAGUUUGUGCCAUUGGGUAAUAGUAGCCAGUCAGAAGACAGUGACGCAGGAGAUGAUGGAAAGAAGAAAAAGGAAUUGGAAGCCUGAAGUGCUGAGAAUGGAAAAAGAUGAAAAUGUUAAUCAGUUGCAUUUGUAUUCAUAGAACAACAGGUGAUAUGCACCCAAUAAAAGCCCAGAUUUUGCAGUCAGCAGCAAAAUGAAAUAGUUGCCCCUGACUCGAAGAAUGUUGCCUGUAGUGAUCUCUUUGACAUAGAUUUCCCCUUUCUUGACAUUAUUUUAAAUCUAGUGCCAAGUCAUGGGAACCUCCAGGUGCCAACAGGGUAAAUAGCCAAUCACAUUGAACUAUUCUCUCAGCUAGCAAAUCAGGAAGUAAAAUACACUUCUUCACUAUAAAUUAAAUUUUAUGGAGAGCAAAAUAAGUGAUAGGGACAUAUGCAUUGGAAACUAUAAUACCAUAGUUUUUCUAAUGUAUUUAAAAACGUGGAACUUUUUUUUAUCAAAAUGGAAAGAUUUGACAUUACACAAAUAUAAAAUCAGUUUUCCUGCAAAGAAGUUCUUCAGCAGUAGUUAUGACUUUGUAUGUCGUUUAAAAAUCUAAUUACAUUUCAUUAAUAAGGUGUAACUUUAUCAGAGGUUUUUAACAGUGGUAUUGCAGAAUAAAAGGGGAGGUUUUUGUUCGUGCAGUGAUUUCCAAUUGGUUGCAGUCUCCCAGGACUUUGUCAGUGCAUCCUAUGGAAGAGCGUAGAAUCAUUUACAACUACUUCUGGAUUUUCAUGGUCAAUGUGUGGAUGCCAGAAGUUGCUGUCAAUUUCAGAAGAGUAAUGAUGACGAACACUGACAGUUUUGCCAUCAUUACAACUGCAAAAUUCAGGCCAAAAUCACAUGAAUAUAGUUAUAAAAAACAUUAGGAUCACUAAAAGAAUUAAUAUAAAAAUUAAUUUGUAAAAAUUGUUCUAGGCUGCUCAACCCAAGUGUGAUGGAAGCUUUUAAAAACCUUUCAAUCUGCAGCUUGCCUAUCGUAACCCACUGUACCAUGUAAUAAGGGAAAACAAUAGAGAAAGCACUGUAUAAAGUUUCAUUUUGAACUGCAACAGUUGCUUACUAACUCUACUACAUAUCUUUGCCUUUUUAUUUGAAAACUUUAAUUUUUGAAAGUAAAGGACUUAUGUAUUCUAUAUUUUAUACAUUUCAUCCUUAUACUGUGUGUAUAUGUGUGUUUAGAGAGAGCUGACAUACCUACACUAGCCUGUUCAUGGUUUUUUUAAUUACUAAGAGAUCCCUUAUGUGUCUUUUAUAAAAUUAUAACAUAUAAAGGAAGUAGUGUUUUGAUAAAUUGAAUGGAAGUUGUUUCCCCCUUUACUAGUACUUGCCUUAUUGUUGAGUAUGCUGUGCUCUACUUAAGAAGUGAAUCAUGUUCUAAAAUAUGUACAGUUAUCUUUUAUACAGUUAAUGAAAUCCAUAGAAUGUGUUUUACAGUAUGUUGAAAUACUUCCUUUGGAUCACAGUUUAUAAGCCUCACAACUAUAACACACCAGUUGAGAUUGAACAGGCUAUGGGGUAACAGUGCAGACUGUAGGUUGGUGCACAUGGAUUUAUUGAACUGAAUUUACAUAAUAUUAAAACUAUUAUAGCUGAUCUAUUGUAGAACAUUUUGAUUUCAGUUUUGUGAAGUCAAAGUGAAAUACAAUUUGGCCUGAUGCCAUCAAAUAACUUUGCUCAAAUUGAAUUAAGCCACCUCCAAGGUACUAAUUGAUUUUAACCAUUUAUUCCAGGUUCACAGUUUGGCAACUAUUUUGUGUUUAAUUUAUGUUGAAUUUAAUUCUAAGAUUGGAUGAAUGGGCAAUACAAUAUAUUUUAUAUAUAUUUUUGGAAAAUCAGGGCGAGGGGUGGAUCUUUUAGGAACACUGACAAUUGCUUUAUUUCUCAUGUUAUCCUUAGUUAUUACCUUUUUGAGGAUAUCUUUCACAACUGCGAAAUAGCUGUGAGCAAUGAAAAAUUUUAAAUAGUUUGGUUGAGCUUUAGAGUAAAUAUUCCUCCAUAUUCCAACAAAUCUGUUCCACAAUUCUACACCAUGCCCAUCACUGCUUCAGUUAAACAUUUUAUACAAAUUUUUAAAAGUACAUACUGUGCAGUAGUAUGAGAUUUUAGUUGAUUCAUGUUGUAUUUUGUAAUAAUGUGGUUUUAUUUGAGGUGGUUUGCAAUGGCUGCAUGCUACCAAAUGCAUGUCCCUUAUAGUAUUAAGACUAUAAUAAUGAAUAGCUCAUUUCCUCAUUAUGGAACAACAGUUGGAUUAUAUAUAAAUGUAAAAGAACUAUGUCUUAUCAUUGAAUUACAUACUAAUUGUAAUUUUCCUAUUUACAUUUUUAAUUGGUUUGAGGAUUAGUAUGAAUUACGCAAAAUUUAUUGACAUGCCAAAGAAGCAAAAUUGCUUGCAUUAAAUUACAUUAUUAUUAUAGGCUCAGUAUUCAUCUUGGAGGGGAAAACUUGCACUGUAAGCACAGACCACUGCAUUUUGAGCAAUAUAGCACAUAGAAACUGUAAAAUUACCCAGUAAAAAGAUUCUGUAUAACCUACAAAUUUUCAGAAUGACCUAUUUUUAAGGUAGCAACAUUCCUCUUCAAAUAUAUCUGUCUUGUCUCAGAAAAUGUAAGUCACCUAAUUGGGAAGUACAGCAUCCACAAAUACUGUAAAUUCUUAAUUUGAAUAUUAAAUUAAAACAAGUGAAAAAAAAGCAGUUAAAACUAGGCCAAUGCACUAUUCUAGACUUUCUUAAUGUAGACGUACUGCAAGUUUAAAAAAACCCUUUAAUUCAUGUAUUUAUUUAUACAGUAGUGUUUUCUAAAGGUCUACAUUUUGUACUAUUAAAUGUUCACAGAGCAAAGUUUAAUAAAACCCUUGAUUGGG